AUAUUAACUUGAAAAGCAUAUAAUGACAGACAAAUUAAUGGAAGUUCAGUAGUGAGUAGUGAAAAAAUAUGGCCGGAGCAAUGUUAUUUGAAAGAGCUCAGUCUGUUUCUUCUCAACACGAGAAGCUUUUAAAAUUAUCCAGGGAUGAAGAAGAUGACGAACAAAAUAUUGUCAAUAAAGAACAAGACAUCCUUAAUCUUGGUGAGAAAUAUAAAAAGGAGGGCAAGGCAAAGGAACUCGCAGAACUUAUAAAGGCCACCAGGCCUUUUUUGAGUUUAAUAAGCAAAGCAAAAGCUGCUAAAUUGGUAAGGUCUCUCGUUGAUUAUUUUCUGGAUUUAGAAGCUGGCAUUGGUAUUGAAGUACAACUCUGCAAAGAAUGUAUAGAAUGGGCAAAGGAAGAGAGAAGAACUUUUCUACGCCAGUCCCUUGAAGCUAGGCUGAUUGCUCUUUAUUUUGACACUGGAAUGUACAGCGAAGCGUUACAACUGGAAUCAACCUUACUGAAAGAGUUAAAAAAGUUGGAUGAUAAAAAUUUGUUAGUGGAAGUACAACUACUUGAAAGCAAAACAUAUCAUGCUUUAAGUAAUUUACCCAAGGCUAGAGCUGCACUAACUUCAGCACGAACCACAGCUAAUGCUAUCUAUUGCCCUCCAAAGAUGCAGGCAGCUUUAGAUUUACAAUCCGGAGUAUUACAUGCUGCAGAUGAGAAGGAUUUCAAAACAGCUUAUUCUUACUUUUAUGAAGCUUUUGAAGGUUUUGAUAGUGUUGAAUCCCCAAAAGCCCUCACAGCCCUUAAAUACAUGCUUUUGUCAAAAAUCAUGAUCAACAGUCCAGAAGAUGUCCAACAAAUUGUUAGUGGUAAAUUGGCCUUUAAAUAUGCUGGUCAAGAUAUAGAGGCUAUGAAAUCAGUUGCACAGGCUGCACACAAGCGAUCCCUAGCAGAUUUCCAACAAGCUGUAAAACAGUUUAAACAUGAAUUAGAAGAUGAUGUUAUUGUUAGAGCACAUUUAGGAACUUUGUAUGACAAUAUGUUGGAGCAGAAUCUUUGCAGGAUUAUCGAACCAUAUUCUAGGGUACAAGUAGAGUAUGUAGCAAAAACCAUUAAGCUCCCAGUACUACAAGUGGAGAAAAAAUUAUCCCAGAUGAUUUUAGAUGCCAAGUUUCAUGGAAUUUUGGACCAAGGAGAAGGUGUCCUCAUAGUAUUCGAAGAAAGCGCAGUAGACAAAACAUAUGAAAUGGCCCUAGAAACGAUCCAGAGUAUGAGCAAAGUAGUAGAUACUCUUUAUCAAAAAGCAAAGAAAUUGUCAUAGGUAUAAUGUAGCUGAGAAUGUUAUGAAAAUAAAAUGACUGUAAAUUUUUCAGAACUAGAUUUUUUGUAGACACUGUGUUUAUAUAACCUAUUUAAUUUGCUUUUGUUAAUUCUUGUCUUUUUAAGGAUUCUUAUAACUCAUAUUUUUCGGAGCUUGAGGGUUUUGGAUGUGAUGGAGUUUUUUUGUUAAUACAGUAUAGAUAUUUUUUAAGAUACUUAAAGCUUAUCUAAAUCUAGGAAAAUAUCAUGCCUAAAGUCAUAAGAGAUUCAUAAUCCAUAUGUAACUAAUUCAUAGAACUAUUUUCUUUAUAAUAUUUUUUACAAGCAAUGAAAUAAAAGCCUCAAAAAAUAGACUGAACUUUAGAGACUUUAGGCAUUGAGUUUUGGUCUUUAUUGGGAAACUAUUAAUACAAAAGUUCUAUAAUAAAUAUCUUUGUAUGGUUUAUUUAUUCAUUUUUUAACCUGCCAAGACAUUGUGAUCUCUAUUACUAUCAGUGUCAUUGGCUUGUUUUCAUACAAUUUUUCCCUAAUAAUACAAAUAGUUACAGUAACUCUAAGAUAAUGUUUAUUUUUCUCUUAAGAAAUUCCUUUUAAAAGUAA